AUGGAGGAAACAGAAGGAGAGAGUAACAGAUCUACAAAUUUAGAUUUAAAUGAAGGUAGUAACAGUCCAGAUCGUCCACCUUCUGCGAGCUUAGGAAGUCCUCCCCAAAAUGGUGACCAACUUGGAGAAAGUGAGAAACACGUCGAUGAGCCAAAUGAAGAAUCUCCUAGGGAGCCAAGCUCUAGUCCACCACCAACUGAUGCUGCUCGACGUGUCAAAAUCUACAAGUUGACAACACAAGAUUGGGUUGAUCACGGUACAGGCUUUUGUACAGGUAUAUACGAUUCAGAACGCGAUGAAGCAAUGUUAGUAGUCGCUAAUGAGGAUAAUCAAGACCAAAUUCUACUUAACCAUUUCAUAAGUCCAGCCGAUAUUUACUCGCGUCAACAGGACACACUAAUAGUAUGGACCGAAUCUGAUGGCACAGAUUGUGCAUUGUCAUUUCAAGAAGCUGAUGGUUGUCUUGAAAUGUGGGAUUUCAUUUCUCAGGUACAAAGACAUGUGCAGAAGACAGAUGACUAUCCCUAUAUAAUUGAUUCGCCAGUCCAACGAAGACAGAAACAACCAAGUCAGAAGUUCAAUCUCCCUCCAGAUACACCAGAUUUAGGUAAUUUGGAAGAGGUUUACGUCAAUAUAAAAGACUGCUUAUCGAGAACAAUGCAGGGAAGAGAGAAGUUGAUUACUUGGUUGAUAAAUAAUAAUUACAUUGCAAAAUUAAUCCAUGUUUUCAAUCAAGCUGAAGACUUGGAGGCUUUGGCUGAAUUACAUAUGCUUUCGACGAUUUUGCAUUAUAUAUUGUCAGCUAAUGAUAGCGUUAUUUUUGAAUACGUCCUCUCCGAUGAAAUCUUCUUGGGAAUGUGCGGUAUACUCGAAUACGACCCCGAUUAUCCAACUUUGAAAGCAUCCUACCGCUUAGAUCUGACGACAACAUCAAGGUAUAAAGAGGUAGUACCAAUUCAUGACCAAAAUUUGAAAUCAAAAAUACAUCAAACAUACCGCUUACUAUACCUCAAAGACGUCAUUUUAGCAAGAACUUCUGAUGAUACUACAUUCACAUUACUUAACUCAUUCGUAUAUUACAAUCAAAUUGACAUUAUUAAGCAUAUACAAAAUGAUACCGACUUCCUUGAUAGGUUGUUCGGCAUUUUCAAUGAUCCUUCAACUGACACACCUGAUCAACCACCUACAUUGCGUCAAGAUGCUGUAUUAUUCCUCAGGGAUCUCUGUACGAUGGGUAAAAAUAUACAAAUGCAGACCAGACAGGAGUUAUAUAAGGCAUUAGUCAAUAGAAGUUUACUAGAUGUUUGCAAAUGGUCAAUAAAAAGACCUGAACCUAUUUUGCAUAGUAUAGGAUCAGAGAUAUUGAUGAUCAUUAUUGAUAAUGAACCAAACGUAGUCAGACACUUUAUUCUCACCGAAGCAAAUUCAACAAAAGAGAAAUCGAAAGAAACAUUCACACUCAUGCAAGAAAUGUGUUUGAGUUUAGAUAGUAGUAGAGAUUUGGGUUAUAAGAAUCAAAUUUCUGAAGCUAUUAGAUUGUUACUUGAACCACCUAAUGCUGCUGCAGAAGCUGCUUGGACGGUUGCCAAGCCACGACUUGAUCCUACUAAUGACGAAUUUUUAAGCUACUUUUAUGAUACUUGCAUCAAUAGCCUUUUCAAACCUUUACUUGAAAGUCCUGAUAUACCAUUGAAUGAAGGUAAGUUAAUGUUCCAAUUCUUGCUAAUAUCUGACGGAAAUGUAGCACCUCCCCAACUUGACUUUAAUCAAUCAACCAUUGCAUUGUCACUCUGUGAUCUGUUGUCGUUCUUUGUCACGAAUCAUCAAUUCAGAGCACAGUAUUUUAUACUCCAAACACCUAUAUCUAAGAAAUUAGUACAAUUGUUACGUGUUAAACAAAAGCAUCUGAGAUUAGCUGCUUUACGAUAUUUGAGAGCAUGCGUCUCUUUGAACAAUGAAUUCAUGGUCCGUUAUUUAGAUCGCCAAGAUCUCUUUAAACCAAUGUUGGAUGUAGCAUUGAGAGAAGGUCGCAAAGACAACUUGAUUAGCGCUUCUAUCUUGGAUUUAUUUGAGUCGAUAAGGCGAAUUAACAAUAGAGUGAUGAUAAAUAGCUUAGUUGGGAAGCAUGAAGAGGAUGUACGGCAACUAAUGAAGUACACUUUUAUUGGUGGUGUAUUCACAAAAUUGUUUGAAAGAUGGGAACAAUUGAAUGAACCUGCCCAACCAGAAGCAUCUACCAGCACCAUUGUCGAUAAUAACUCCGGUGGGUUCCUCAGAGAACGCAAAUCGAGUGAUGCAACUGCUGAAGACGACUAUUUCAACAAGGAUGAUGAAGAUGAAGCUCGGAAUUACAUAAAUGAUGAUCCUGGUGGUAAUACGACUAAUAAGACGACGCAUCAUUCACUCAGUAAUGCACCGACACCAACAGCUACAUCACUCGUUGAUUACAAUGAUGAAGACGAAGAAGACCAAAAGCGGAAUUCGGUAGAAACGCGGGCUGUAGUUGAUAAAGAUGAAGAGAGUACACCGGCUGAAGAAAGGCUAACACAUAUGGAAGUUAGGCUAUCAGAGAAGAGGCAGCGGGAGGAAGAUGAUGAUGACCAGGUCGCACAACUUAUGCAUAACAAGAAACGUCUCUCACCGACUAAUGAUAAUGAUAAUACUAUGACAGUGAUUAAUUUGAACAAUAAUAGUAACACCAGCAGCUAAAUUACCGACUAUAUAUUAUUUAUUGUUUCUAUAUUGCUUAAGUAAUUAAUACAAACAUUGU